UCUGGCUUCGCUACUAGUCGCUGCUUUAAAUACAGAAAGAGUCUUCUUUAGUUUUUCAUUUUCUUCCAAUUUCUAUCAUUUUCUCUUCUCGCCAUGAAACCUUAACCUCUGUCUCUCUUCACAGCCAGAUGGAUGUAAUGCAAGAAAAUAAUUGUGGGGCUGUCCUUGAAGAUACAUCCACCGAUAAAUUACUUUCUCCAGAAUCUACUGAUGUAUGUGAUGAAUAUAGAGAUCCAGAGUUGUUUCCUCGAGUUGGAGAUGAGUAUCAGGUCGAAAUACCAUCUCUAGUAGCAGAAUCUGACUGCCUCUUGGACACAAACAACCCAGCUGACAUUCCCCAUACAUUGCUUAUGGGAUUGCCGAUACCAGUAGCCUGGAUCAAUGAACCACUGGAAGCUCAUGGUCAUUCAGUUGAUACAUCAGGAUGCACCAAAGAGACCCAAAAUUUUUCUGGAAGGCGCAAUUUGAAACCAAAAGUUGAGCCUAAGGAUAUUGCAUUGGACAGAGGGAUUGAAAUGGAUCAGAAGCGUAGUGGCAAAGGUUAUGGUUUGGUUCCUGGUUCUGCACAUGACACAUGGAGUGAUAUCGAUAAAGCCAGUUUUGUCCUUGGUUUAUACAUCUUUGGGAAGAAUCUUGUUCAGGUGAAGAAAUUUGUUGGUAGUAAAAGGAUGGGGGAAAUACUGUCAUUCUACUAUGGAACAUUCUAUAGGUCUGAGAAAUACCGUAAGUGGUCAGAGUGCCGGAAAAUGAAAAGCAAAAGGUGUGUAUAUGGACAAAGAAUUUUUACAGGAAUGAGGCAACAGGAAUUACUAUCUCGUUUACAACCCAAUGUGUCAGAGGAAUGCCAAAAUACUCUAUUGGAGGAUUGCAAGGCUCUUGGAGAGGGAAAAUUUUCUUUGGAAGAAUAUGUUUUCACUUUAAGGGCUAAAGUUGGGUUGACUGCUCUUGUGGAGGCAGUUGGAAUUGGUAAGGUGAAACAAGAUCUCACAGGCAUGGCCAUGGAGCCUUUGAAGUCUAAUCAAGUUGGUACUGGCCGUCCAGAGAUACCUGUUGGCAAAGCAUGGUCCAAGCUUACAUCUGUAGAGAUUAUCAAAUUUCUAACAGGAGGUUACAGGUUAAGCAAAGCACGGUCAAGUGAUCUUUUCUGGGAAGCUGUUUGGCCUCGUUUACUAGCAAGAGGGUGGCACUCUGAGGAGCCAAAUAAUCAUGGUUGUGCUGCAGGGUCCAAGCAUGCGCUGGUCUUUCUUAUCCCCGGUGUCAAGAAAUUUUCAAGAAGGAAAUUAGUGAAGGGAAACCACUAUUUUGAUUCAGUCAGUGAUGUCCUGAGUAAAGUUGCUGGCGAACCUGGCCUUCUUGAGCUUGAGAUUGGAGCUGAUAAGGGAGAUAUUAGCAAGCAAGAAAAUGGAUGGGCCAGUAAAACUGAAUUGAACAAAGCAGAUUUCGCUGAUCAGCAGCGGCACUGUUAUCUCAGGCCCCGUACUCCAAAUCGUAUGGAUGUCAUGAAGUUUACAGUUGUGGACACAAGUCUUGCUAAUGGGGGAACAAUGAAGGUUAGAGAAUUGAGAAGCUUACCAGUCGGAAUGAGGAAUGCUUCCAACCCCAGAAGUCAUUCUAAAGAUAGUGACACAGGAACUUCUGAGGAGUCAACAGAUGAAUCUGAUUCUUCUGAUACCAUGUGUUCUGAUAGGGAAGAGCAAAAUGGUUUGAAACCAACAAAGAUAGAUCUUCAUGAGUCUUUUGACAGGUUGCUCAAGAAUGCUUCAAAUGGGGCGGAUUCAGAUAUGGAUGUAUCUUUUGACAGGAUUCUUAGGAAUGCUUCAAAUGGGUCCUUUUCAGUAGGUGGCCCUGAUUUGACUAAUGCACCUGUUGUAAAAAUGUCAGACCAGAAAAGCAGUAUGUGCAAUGACAUACAAGCAAGAGAUGUGAUAAAAGCCGAAUUGAGCCAGAGAAUGAAAACUAGCAAUAAUGUACAUCUAGCCCCUGUUAUGAAAAAACGUAGGAGAUUAACUGCUUGUAAUCGCACAGAGACAACCAGCGGCACAAUUAAUGGCUUAGUGGGUCCCAUAUUGAAACAAGAUGAGGCCAGAUGCUGUGCUGGCUAUGCUGAUUUUAGUGAGAAUGGUACCUUUCAAGUUGAUUCAUCGAAGGAGAAGUUACCAUCCACCAGUUCUUUGUCUAAGGGCAGCUUAGUCAUAAGUGGAGAAGGCACUCUCAGGAAUGCAAUUUCUGGUGUUGAACAUCCUUAUGAGGGACCUCCACCCCGAAGGGUGAUUGACCUAAACUUGCCUAUCCUUCCGGAUGGUGAAACUGAUGAAUAUUUUAUGAAGGAAGAGACAGAAGGACAACCUGAUCAGAUAAGCUGGCAACCAGAUGAUUCCAGUGCACAUUUGCAUACUUUGGCACAGCAACCUGACAUGAUCAAUCGGAGACACAGUACAAGAAACCGCCCACUGACCACUAAAGCACUUGAAGCUCUUGCUUUUGGAUUUUUGAACACAAAGCAGAAGCGGAGGUUUGGAGAUGCACGAUCUCGCCGUGCUCGUAGUAGGGGGAGAGUUAAUGAGAAUCUUGGCGGUGGUGUUGCCGAUUUACAUGAUGAUGAGAGGGAAGAUGAUCUGAGUACUGAUAGUAAUAACAUUUUCGCUUCAAGUUUAAUUUGAGGGAAGAUGGAUCAAAUCUUGGAUUAAAAUUUGAUUGAGUGCUCUGAUUAUAGUAUAAGAAUAUAACUUCCAGCAAGUUUUCAUAUGAUCUACAAGUCCUGUUGACUACUCUGUGAUUUACGAAGAGCACAGCAAUGUCUCAACACUGUGCAACAUAUAUCAGAGGUUUCAUGAAAUCACAGAUUGGUCCAUGAGACCAUUGACAUUGGCUCCGCGAGGUACCAAGACUGAGGAUACAACAGUAGUUAUUUGUUUGGUUGCCGGAAUUUGAGUGGGAGAAGUUGCAAGGCCAGU